AUGCUACAGGAGCACUACACUCUGAGUAUCUGGGAGACCCUGCUGCCAUGGCAACAACGUAAGGAAGAGGAGGGGCUGGGGGAUCUUGCAGAAGAGGCUCUGGAGUCAGGUGACAUGCUUGGUUUGGCUGAGCUGCCAGGAGCAUUCAGGAUAUACAGGCUGGACAGAGAGAGCCUGAGACUGUUGUGUCUGUACAUCAGUUUGGCAACUCUCAGAGCUCAGAGAGAAAACAUGUCCUACAGCGCUCUUCUGGCAGCUCGGCAGUCCUGGGAGACAUGGCCACAUGUGAAGAGUCCCUGCAGAGCAGAGCACGCAGCUCUGUGGCUACAUGAUGACAAGGAGGAGCAAAAGAAGGACUUCUCUUCUGUCUCAGUAUCACCACAGCAGCAGGCAGUGCUGCAGUUGCUGGUACUGACUCAGGAGCAGGAGAGGAAGCACCUGGUCAAGUUGGCAAAUGGGGUCUCCGUAGAGGAUUUGCAGGAGCCAGGUUGCACGGUGCCUGCAAAAGAGGAUAAUCAUCAACAAGCUGCUUUCAGAAGUGGCUGUAUCAAAAAGCUGAGGCAAAUCCAUGCCAGUCUGCAGACACCCAAUGAGACUCAAACCCCCUUAAAGCAAACAAGCUUUCAGGCACAGCCCCAAAUUCAGGCCCACAUAAGCAGUAAUCCAGCAAUGUGGUACCAACACCAGCUGCAGGAUUAUUCCCUGCUCCUCUUGACCCAGCUGAUGGAGCUCCAGGAGGUCCAAGCUUCUGCAUUACUGCCAGCACUGAUUGACAAGAGUGCACAGCGGCUCCACGCUCUAAGAGAUGAGUAUGCAUCUGAACUUCAAGCACCACGCUACACCAACCUACUCCACCUGAUCUCAGACACCCCUCUUACUUCACUCACUCCUUAUCCAAAGUUAACCGAAAAUAGCAGCAGUGAGCAAAUCACAGCUCAGUCCUGCCGCAGUGGACUGGACGAUGCUCAAAAUGGCACCGGUGGGCCGGCUGAAGCUCCAACAGUGGAUUCAAUCAGAGGGGCCAGUAGAGAACUAAAUGUGGUGCAACCUGCAGAGCGGACCGAUGUCUGUGCAGGUUGUGGAGCGGUCAUGGAGGACCUGCCCUACUUGGAGAUCUUGUGUGUAUCAGAUGCAACAAGUAAUACCCAUCAGAGUCUCGCUGCAGACGGAGAAGCCCAGGAGGAAAAGGUGGGCAGUACAACAAAGAGCCCCCAGAGUUAUGAGAAACAGGGCUCACUGAUCGCCCUCGCUUGGAGCAAACCACCAGAGGAUGACACUGACUGUGAGGCUGCAGUCAGAGGCACGGGACAGAGACAGGGUGUACAGCCAAGUGACACAAGCGGCACAGCUGGGCACACACAGAGUGAGGAGACGUCAGGAGAGAGUGACAGAGAGGAGAUGAAACCCACAGGUCAUCCUUGCAGCACAGUAGGACAGUUGACCUUGGAGGAGAGAGCAGCAGCUGAUCACACAGGGAAGAGAGAACCUGAAGGUGACCUGCAAACACAUGCUUUGGUAGCAGAGACCGUGCAGGAUUUACACGCACAUCUCUUGGUUGAUCCUGCUGAGAUGAAGCAGCAUGCUGGUGACUUCUGCUUUGAACUGACCCUUGAGACAGCUAAUGCAGACAGAGAAGUGCUUGCGGAGGAAAUGUGUCCAACUGCAACAGAGUCAGAGCUGUGGGAUCUGAGAGGGCCUGACUCUGCCCAUGCUGAAGCCCAGAAAUAUAAUACAUCAGCCACGGUUGACUGUGGCCCUGCAAAAAGGGAGGCCACACUGAUGGAGAGAGAACGAACAACAGAACCAGUCUCUGCGCUGGAGAGAGAAAGGACGAUGCGCAACCUGGUGGACAUGCAAAGAAAGGUCGAACAGAGGCAGCAGAGAGACAGAGAGAGACAGCUGCUGAGGGUUCAGGAGCGGCUGUUGAUCAUCCAAAACAGGAAGGCAGAGGAAGACUUGCUCGGCCUGAAACACACAGACAGGCUGCGGCACCUCACACAAGAUCUACCACAGGAGGAUAAGAAUCAGCAGAAGACAGUUGUUAGAGAGCGGCUGGAGCAGCUGAGAAGAGAGCGCUCAUAUGUCAUGCAGUCCAAACGUGACCGGAAUACUGCAGGAUUUAAGGAACUCCUGGGUCCAGUAGCUCUCCACAGCAGAGACACAGAUGAUGGAGCAGACUGAGAAACUACAGCUGCUUGAGUUUAUGUCUAAUUAAAGGUAUACUUCACCCCCCAAAUGACCAUUUGUAUAUCAAUAACUCACCCUGUGUUACGUUAAAUUUACGACGCCUCGCAAAGUUCCAGUGAACAUAGAAAAUUCUACAUGAAUUUAAGUCAUAUGCGACGGCAUUUAAAGGAAUACUUCACGCACAAAAUGACCAUUUGGAAAUCAGAAAGUCAUGCCGUGUUACCUUUCCUUGUUUACCUCUCUGCCUCCACAGAUAUGAUGAGCAUAUGGAUUACUUCAUUGAUUGGGGACCAUGUUUAAUGAGAGCAAAACUAUAUCAAACAUUCAUUUUCCGUA